CUGUCUCAACACACUGCAAAUCUCCACUCACUUACAACCCAAACACCCCACCUUGCCCAGAAAGCAGCAGAGCGCUCUAGUCGAUCAUAUGACCACGGUAGACAUCCAAAACCUCAAGUCCUUCGACCCCUUUGCGGAGGCCGAUGACGCUGGUGGAGAAGCAAAGGUUGGGAACCAGCAGAACUACAUUCACAUCCGUAUUCAGCAGCGCAAUGGUCGCAAGACCCUGACCACGGUCCAAGGCCUGCCCAAGAAAUUCGACCAGAAGAAGAUUCUCAAAGUCAUCAAGAAGAAGUUCGCCUGCAAUGGCACCGUCGUCGCCGACUCGGAGAUGGGAGAGGUGAUCCAGCUCCAGGGGGACCAGCGCAAGGAUGUGCAGGAUUUCAUGACGGACAAGAAGGAGGGCCUUGGUCUUGACGGCAAGACCAUCAAGGUCCACGGUUUCUAGGCGUAUUGCGCAGCAUCGCCUGUCGCCCAAGCAGUACAGCUCGAACUGCGCCGCCCACGUCUUCCCAGGUACCCCGCUCGAGCGCUUUUGGGGGCCGAAAUCGAGGUCGCAUGUGACCUUGCGAGACGAGGCUGGAAUGAGGCGCGAUGCCUGCAGAUACCCACGACGAGUGGUUACGAAUGUUUCCUUACGUCGGUCCUUUGGAUGAAGUUACUGGAACGGAUAGGUCGGCACCUUCGAAUCGAUGCGUGCCGAGGGUGUCGUAGAACGCGGUGUCCAUCGUAGAUGAUGGGCCUGCUCGACUGAGGUCAUCACUUAUAGCUCAAUUAAUGGAGAUGAAUGCCG